GUCAAUUGAUUAUGUUUCAAAAAAAGAAAAAUAUCAAAAGAUAAGUGUGAAUUUAAAAAAUUUUUAUUCCAGUUUUUUUUUUAUAUUUUAUCAGGGAAAAAAAAUAUUUGUGCUAAUAUUAAAUAUUCUGGAAAUUGUUAAUUCAAUAAAUUUAAAAUAUUGAUUGUUGUUGAAUAAAUUAAAAGGAUAAAAUUAUGGCUGGAAUUGCGGAAAAGUUUACUAGCUUAUUGGCUAGACCUAGUGAUGAAACAGCACCUCCUGAUGGAGCACCAUGGUAUUUAAAAUAUGGUGUUAGAGUUCUUGGAAUUGUUGCUGCUUUCUUUGCAAUGUUAUUCGGAUUAUGGAAUUGUUUAUCAAUAAUAUUCUUUAGUGUUGGAUGUUUAGUAUCAGGUGUAUUACAAAUAUUUGCUGGUUUUAUAGUAAUGGCUGUAGAGGCACCAUUCUGUUGUAUGUUCCUUGAACAUGCUCAAGUAAUUGCAAGAAAAGCAGAUGAAAGACCAAUGUGGAAUCGUGCAGCCUUAUAUUGCAUAAUUGCUAUUCCACCAGUUAUUUUUUGUCCUGGUUUAGGAAGCAUAUUUGGCUGUGGAUUAAUAUUUGCCACUGGUGUCGUUUAUGGCAUGAUGUCAAUAGGAAAGAAAGGAACACGUGAAGAUAUGGCUGCUGUUGCAUCACCAACAGGUACCGGUAUGCAACCGGGAAUGGAGGGAAUGCAAGGAAUGCCAGGACAACCAAUGCAAACCACCGAUCAACAUGUUACAUUAAUGGAAGACCCAGAUAGCUUCAUUGGAGGAGAUGCGUAAUAAUGCUCAAUCUCAAAAUAGUAGUGGGGGCAUAACAACUAGCGAUAAAGCAAGUAUUGUUAAUAAUGCGCAACCAUUUUCAUUUACAGGCGCUGUAGGUACCGACAGUAAUGUGUGAUAUCUAGUUAAUUCGGUAUUUAAAAUAUAAAAACAAAAAAAAUAAUACAAAAAUAAAAUAACAAUUCAUUUAAAUUUAAUAUUUAGUUAAAAAAUAUACCAUAUGUAGUAGAAAAAAAAAAAAUUAUUUAAACAUAAAUUGUAAAAAAAAAAAAGACAGAAAAAAAAAAUUAUAAUUUACAAUAAUAAUGUUAGUACACACCUAUAAAUAUAAGAAUGAAUAGCUCCAUUCAAUAGUUGUAAGUUUUUUUUUUUUUGUAAUUUUUAAUUGUUAUUCAUUUAAAAUUUCUGGGCAUUUACCAAAAUGUAGAUCUUAAGUCAAUUUGAUUUCAUCUGUCAUUAUAAAAUUUUAAUAGGUGAGUAAGUCAAAUUGAUGUCACAGGUUAGCAUUAUGGUAGAUUGUCUUUGUUUUUUUUUCCAAAUAGUAAGGAAACCAUUUAAUUGUUAAUCGAUUGUUAAAUAAUCGAUAUUAUAAAUUAUCGAAGAAAAUAAUUAAUUAAAUAUUUUGUUAUACUGUGGUACAUAAUAAUUUGGAGGCUCAGAAGAUAAUCUGCAUUAGUCCUUUUCUAAUCAAAAAUAAUUUAUUGUAUUCAAAUGACACUUUAUUUUUUCGGUUGACAAAAGUCAUGUGAUUUUCCAAAAAAAAAAAAAAUUCCAAUUGAUCAUUAUUCACAUUGUUCUGUUGUAAAUUUUUUUUCUCUUUGUUUUUUUCAAUUUAUCUUUAAAACUUUGACUAACUGACUUACAAUGAUUUACUUCUGAGCCUUAUAUUUUAUAAAUGUAAUAAUAAUAAAUAUUAAAAUCCAGGUCUAAUGUCAACUUAAUUAAAUGAGCAAAACAAUUUUAAUUACUGAAUAAGUCAAAUUGACGUUAUGUCUGCAUUUUGUUAGACGCCCUUAAAUUGUUUUUAACUUUGAUUAAAAUAAAUGAUACAGACCAUAAUUUUGUAAUACCAGUAACUGGUUCACUUCGAUAAUCUGAAUUAUAUUUGAAAUCUGUAUUAUUAUAUUUUAUUAAAAAAUAUUAUGCUUAGCAAUUAAUUGAAAAUGAUUCUUUAUUCUUAACAUUAUUCACUGUAAUUAUUUUAAUUAAUUAAUUAUUUAUAAUUAAUUUUUUUUUUUUUGAUUAUUUUUACGAUUAAAAAUUACAAUUAAAAUUUUAUUCUUACAAUCAUUGAACAGACCUAUUAAAAUAAUUAAACAUUUAUUUAAUAUAAUAAUUAUUAAUCAAUAUGUAUAUUAUUGUAUGUAUAAAAUUCAGAAAAUGGUAGAAGAAAAUAAUUAUUAUAUAUCAGAAUAAAUUAUUUUGUUUUAUUUUCAUACUUGUUUCCGGUUUUUUAUGUGUGAAUGUUACAAUACAAAAUAAAGGACUUAAAUAAUCAUUUAAUUUUAUAUAUUAUUCUUAAAAUUUAUUAUAAGUUGCAUGAAUUGUAUCAUAAAAUACAUAUUAUAUAAUUUUUUAUGAUUGAGUUGAAAAAUUUAGAAAUUAUAUAGAAUAUUUAUUUAAAAAAAGAAAUAAAAAUGAAAAUAAUAAAGACUUAG